AUGAUUAGAAAUUAUCUCAAAAGAGAUAUACUAGAAAAAAAUUCAAUUUCAAAUCAUUCUAAAAAAGAAGUAUCAGAAAAAAAAGAUGUUAGUAAACAAAAUCUAAUUCUAAAUCAUUCCAAGAAAGAAGUAUUAGAAAAAAAAAGUAUUAGUAAACAAAUUUUACAAGCAAGAAAUCUAACAAUCAAAGUAAAUAUACCCACUCAGAACCAAAAAUCCAAUUUUAAAUCAUCUCAAGAGAGAAGCACUAGAAAAAAAAAGCAUUAG